GGGUGCACUUGGCAGGUCCCUGAUGAACCAAGAGAACCCUCCACCGUAUCAGGAUGGAGGUCCAACGGCCCUGUACCCACCUUAUCCACAACAACAAAUGGGUCCAGGACGUAUGGGGGGGCCCUACCCACCUGCUCAGGUGUACCGCUACCAAGGAUACACACAGUAUGGCUGGCAGGGUGGCCCUCAGGAGCCUCCUGAAACCACAGUGGAUGUGGUGGAAGACCAAAGAAGAGACGACCUGGGACCAUCCACCUGCCUUACAGCCUGCUGUACUGCUCUGUGUUGCUGCUGUCUCUGGGACAUGCUCAUCUGA